GAGGGGCCCAAUGGGAGACGCGGCCGGCCGCCCCGCCCCGUGUCGCCGGACGUGGGUGCCGGGACAUGGCCGCCGCCGCCGCCGGGCUCGGGUCCUUGAGCUGAACGUCCGCCUGCCGCCGCCGCCGCCGCCCGUUUCCGUCCGCGGUCCGAGCCGGCCGGGCCGGCGCGCAGACAGAGCAGCAGGCGGCGGGCGCAGCGGGCGGCCGCAUGGCGUCCAUCUUGCUGAGGAGCUGCCGCGCCCGCGGGCCCCCCCGCUUCCCGCCGCCCCGCAGCGCCGCGCCUCGGGGUGCUCUGGGGGAUUGUGCAUGUCUCAGCUGUACCAGCACCGUGGGCUUGAUAAGCCGCAUGAACAUCCCAUCUAGCUGUUGUGCCCGCUUCCACCCGGGGUACCUUUCUUUCAGAGGUGACACCCUCUUUGGCUCCUGGACUUCAAGGCCUGAUCACCCAUGGGCAGUAGUGGCCAGGUCACCUUGGACUCCCGCUUUUGCAGACUGUAUGAUCACAGGGCCACAGCUUCUUCCUGUGCGCUGCUGGCACUCAUCCUCUUCUCGGGGUGAUGACUCAGUGGUGGAGAAGUCCCUCAAGUCCCUGAAAGACAAAAACAAGAAGCUAGAGGAGGGGGGCCCUGUGUACAGCCCUCCAGCAGAGGUGACUGUGAAGAAGUCGCUGGGGCAGAAGAUUCUGGACGAGUUGAAGCACUACUACCAUGGCUUCCGCUUGCUCUGGAUCGAUACCAAGAUUGCUGCGCGCAUGCUGUGGCGCAUCCUCAAUGGCCACACCCUGAGUCGACGUGAGCGUAGACAGUUCCUCCGGAUCUGCGCUGACCUCUUCAGACUGGUUCCCUUCUUGGUCUUCGUGGUGGUGCCCUUCAUGGAGUUCCUUCUGCCCGUGGCCGUGAAACUCUUCCCCAACAUGUUGCCAUCCACAUUUGAGACUCAGUCCAUUAAGGAAGAGCGGUUGAAGAAAGAGCUGCGGGUCAAGCUGGAACUGGCCAAGUUUCUUCAGGACACCAUUGAGGAGAUGGCCUUGAAGAACAAGGCUGCCAAGGGCAAUGCCACCAAAGACUUCUCCAUGUUUUUCCAGAAGAUCCGAGAGACUGGUGAGAGGCCUAGCAAUGAGGAGAUUCUGCGCUUUUCCAAACUGUUCGAGGAUGAGCUGACCCUAGACAACCUGACACGGCCACAGCUGGUGGCGCUAUGCAAGCUGCUGGAGUUGCAGUCCAUUGGCACCAACAACUUCCUCCGCUUCCAGCUCACCAUGCGGCUGCGCUCCAUCAAGGCUGACGACAAGCUCAUCGAUGAGGAGGGGGUAGGCAGCCUGAAUGUCAAGGAGCUGCAGGCAGCAUGUCGGGCUCGGGGCAUGCGGGCCCUUGGCGUCACAGAAGACCGGCUGAGGGACCAACUGAAGCAGUGGCUAGAGCUCCAUCUGCACCAGGAGAUUCCAUCUUCGCUGCUCAUCCUCUCCCGGGCUAUGUACCUCCCAGACACUCUUUCCCCUGCCGACCAACUCAAGUCCACUCUGCAGACUCUUCCAGAGACUGUGACGAAGGAAGCACAGAUGAAAGUGGCUGAGGUAGAAGGCGAGCAAGUGGACAACAAGGCUAAGCUCGAGGCUACACUGAAGGAGGAGGCGGCCAUCCAGCAGGAACACAGGGAGAAGGAGCUGGAGCGGCGUAUUGAGGGGGCGAAGGAAACAGAGCCUGAAGUGAUAGCCGAAGUCACCUCUGGGAGGCCAGUGGCCGACAUGCAGCCACAGGUGACCAGUGCGACCCUGCCAUCUGAGGUCCUGAGGGACACAGCCCCCGUCCUGGAAGGCCUGAAGGAAGAGGAAAUAACUAAGGAGGAAAUUGACAUACUCAGUGAUGCUUGCUCAAAGCUGAAGGAGCAGAAGCAGCCUCUGACCAAGGAGAAGGAGGAGCUAGAGCUGCUGAAGGAGGACGUACAGGACUACAGCGAGGACUUGCAAGAGAUCAAGAAGGAGCUUUCAAAGACAGGAGAGGAGAUGUACGUGGAAGAAUCUAAAGCCAGCAAACGACUGACAAAGCGAGUGCAGCAGAUGAUUGGGCAGAUGGACAACCUGCUCUUGCAACUCGAGUUAGAUCAGAAGUCAGGCAAGCUGGACCCAGCCACAGACGGCACUUCAACUGGGGAGACCAUCGUCAGCAUCACUGAGCUCAUCAGUGCCAUGAAGCAAAUAAAGGACAUUCCAGAAAGCAAGCUCAUCAGUUUGGCCGCAGCACUGGAUGAAAAUAAGGAUGGAAAAAUUGAUAUCAAUGACCUGGUCAAGGUGAUCGAGCUGGUGGACAAAGAAGAUGUGCACAUCUCCACCAACCAGAUGGCCGAGAUCGUGGCCAUGCUGGAGAAAGAAGAAAAGGUGGAAGAGAAGGAGAAAGCCAAGGAGAAGGCUGGGAAGGAGGCUGCGGAGGCCAAAAAUUAGGUGCCAUUGUGUUUGCCACACCCACCGCCUGGUCCUGCCAUCAUAGUGAUUGCUUAGCAGUGAUUCUGAGCGACAGAGCUAAUAUUUUGUCUGGAAUAAAUUGGAAGCUUCCAUAA